AUGGAAGAAGACUACAAACUAAAUGGAACACCAGUAGAUAAGGUGGAUGUGACAAUGAAAAUGCAGGAUUUAGAUAUAUAUCAGAAAUUCAAUCAAAAAUUUGAAGAAGCCAAGAAUAUUUUGCAAGAAAAUUCAAAUCCAGAAGAAAUCAUCGAUGAAUUAUAUGAAUUAAAGGCAUUUUGUAAAUAUCAUUUUUCAACAAAAGAAAAUAAAUUCGAUUUUGAAUCAAUUAUACCAGAAAUUAUGCAAAUAAUUACAAAUACAGAGCCAGAAAUAGCUAUAAUCUGGCUACAAAUAUUGAUUGAGUUUGAUUCACGAUACCAUUCAUUAAUUUCAAAAUAUACCAAUAAUUUUUUAUACGAAUUUCCAAAACAUCUACUUGAAACUCAAAAUAUAGACCAAGAAUAUAUGAAACCUCUUCUUAAAUCAAUGAUUUCUGGUAUAAAAAAUUAUGAUUCAGAAAAUCCACAAGAAACAUUCAAUUUCAACUUGAUACCGAUUAAUUUUGAUGAUGAUAUUGAGAUAUCUUUCUUAAUGCAUUAUUUAGAACUUAUAGAAAUUCUUUUCCAAAAAAAUUGGGAAAUUUCAAUAGAAAUUGGUGAAAUAAUAACAAAUAUUGUUAGUAUAUAUGAUACUUUCAAGUCUGUAAGCAUUGAAUCUGACGAUUACCUUUUUUAUGAUGUUUGUUACACAAUUAUUCAAAUUUUAUUUUGCAGAGUGAAGAAAAACCCUGAAAUCAUGGUCAACGAACAGAUCAUUAAUAUUCUUCAUGAAAUAUGUAACAAAUACUUCUUUAAUGAUGAAACUCCAAAAAAUAUUUUAAUUAUUCAAAUUAUUUUGUCAUUAUUUGUUGAAAUGAUGCGUAUUGACGUAGAAUUAUCAUGUGAUAUUCUUCCUGAUCUUGUUUUGCUUGAUGAACUUGUUGAACUUUUCAUUUUCAUGAAUGAACAAGUUCAGAGACUUGUUUUAUUUAUUUUUCUUCAUUUGAUAAGACAAAAACCAGAAUUUAUUAACAAUGACCAAGUGCAGAGACUUAUUUUGUAUGUUUUGCCGCUUUUUGACAUUAUCAUUAAUUUUGAUUUGAAAAAGUCAUAUUUACUUAUUGUCUGUGAGCUUGCAAAGAACUGGAGUGUUAAUGAUACCUUUGUUUCUCAAAUAAUUCUUGGAGAUUCUGAAAAUAAAAAUAUUUUCAUUGAAUUCCUUCCUGAAUUGAUUGACAUGGGAAUUCCUGAGAUAACUAAAGAAUCAAUACAGAUUGCUUCGAUAGCAAUUCAAAGGAAACCGGAAAUGAUCGAAUAUUUUCAGAAUCUUUUCCAAGAAUGCCUUGAAAAUGAUAGAGAUGACUUAGAUCAGUUAAGAGAAGCUCUUGGAUUUGAAUAA